UGCAUCAACUCUCCCGCAUUUAAGUCCCUCACCACCCUCUCCCUACUUUUCCUUUUCUGCUUCAUUCACUGUCUCUCUCCCCCCACCGUCCGUUUCCGCACUUCGUUAUCUUACCUUGGCCUCCAUUUUCGUUCUUUCUUUAACCUCACUUUCUGCGUUUCUCCUACUAUCUCGAGACGUACUUGUUUGUUGUUGUGUACCUACAUCUUUCUGCUUGCCAAGAUCUUCUCCCGCAUUCCAUGGAUCUAGAAUCCGAACCGCGCGCAUUGUUGCAUCUAUCUUCUUAUCUGUAUUCUCUCUCCUAGGGUUUUAGACCAUAUGCUUCUUCUUCACUCCAACGAAACUUUGCAGCUAUGACAUAUCUUCCUCCUGGCUGGCAAUGCCACCGCGAAGAGGCUGAUUGCUGGAGACCGCUUUGCUGGGAUUUUAGAAGUUGCUGGGUUUACACAGCAUAUUUAGCUAGUUCGAAGUUGUUUGUUUCUGAAAAUGGUUCUCUGUGAAUCCUGGUUCGGCAAGAGAAAAUGCCAACUUUGAUCGUCUUCCUCCUUGUUCUUCUUAACUUGCUUAUCUCUUGCUCAGGUUAUUUAUCUUUAAAAGUACUCAUGUCUCCUUCUCCAAAACCAUACCACCCACUGUCUGUCAGGGAAAUGUUAUUUAAGCAGGUGAAGUCAGUUUCUACUACUGUAUCAUCUGCCUCACCUAAACCUGCUAAAACUUGGCUGGUUCCUUCUUUGGCACCUGCACCGUCUCCAUCUGGUCAAGGUCCUCUCGUGAAUCAUAGGCCAAGACAUCAUCACCAUCUUCAUCAUCACCGUGGGAUGAGACCUCAUGUAGUAGCUCCAUCCCCUUCUAAAGAUCAAGGUUGUGACCAAAUAUGUAUGGAUCCGCUUACAGCAACCCCCUUUGGUUCACCUUGUGGCUGUGUCUUUCCCAUGAAAGUCAAACUUAUUUUGGAUGUUGCACCUUUUGCAAUUUUUCCUGUAAUGAAUGAAUUAGAGAUUGAGGUUGCAUCAGGCACAUAUUUGGCACAGAGCCAGGUGAAGAUAAUGGGUGCAAGUGCUGACAGUCAAAAUCAGGGAAGAACUGUAGUUGAUGUGAACUUGGUUCCACUAGGAGAGAAGUUUGACAACACCACUGCAGUUCUGAUAUAUGAUCGGUUUUGGCAUAAGAAAGUUCCUCUAGAUAUGAACCUUUUUGGUGACUAUGCAGUCCUGUCCAUUAGUUAUCCAGGGAUUCCAUCAUCGCCACCAUAUGGAAGCUAUGUUGGGAGUGGUCCUAGUGGAAGUGCCGGUAAUCUUCCAAUCACUGCCAACUUUGUCAGCAAGAACCAGAAAAUGAAUCUGAGAACCACAGUCAUCAUUGCUUUAUCUGCCUUUGUACUCAUGUUGGUUUUGAUCGGAGCAUUUUCCAUUGUGUUGAAAUGGAGGAGGAUUACCAGACCAUCCAGUGCUGUUGGUCCUGCAUUUACUUCAUCUAUAAACAAACGAUCUGGCAUGGGGUCUAUGUUGUCAAGCAGUAUUACAAGCUCAACAUCAGUGUCCCUCAUGUCAACCAUGGCUACUUCUGUUCUCUCUGUGAGAACAUUUUCACUUUCUGAGCUUGAGAAAGCAACAGAUAAGUUCAGUUCAAAGAGAGUAUUAGGAGAAGGGGGAUUUGGGCGAGUUUAUAGUGGGACAUUGGAAGAUGGAACUGAAGUUGCAGUCAAGCUGCUAACAAAGGAUAAUCAGAAUGGAGACCGUGAGUUUAUUGCAGAAGUUGAGAUGCUAAGCCGCUUGCACCACCGUAAUCUUGUGAAACUCAUUGGUAUCUGUAUUGAAGGGCGUAGAAGGUGCUUGGUGUAUGAGCUAGUUCGCAAUGGCAGUGUUGAGUCCCAUUUGCAUGGCUUUGACAAGAAGGAGCCUCUUGAUUGGGAAGCAAGGAUGAAAAUUGCUCUUGGAGCGGCAAGAGGCUUGGCCUAUCUUCAUGAGGACUCUAAUCCUCGUGUAAUUCAUCGAGACUUCAAAGCUAGUAAUGUGUUAUUAGAAGAUGAUUUCACCCCUAAGGUUUCUGAUUUUGGCUUGGCAAGAGAAGCCACUGAAGGAAGUCAUCAUAUUUCUACGCGAGUCAUGGGAACUUUUGGGUAUGUUGCCCCCGAAUAUGCAAUGACAGGCCAUUUACUUGUUAAGAGUGGUUACAGCUAUGGAGUAGUGCUGCUUGAACUUCUUACUGGCAGAAAACCAGUGGACAUGUCUCAACCUCCUGGACAGGAGAAUCUAGUGACAUGGGCAAGGCCACUCUUGACGAGCAGAGAAGGUUUAGAACAGCUAGUGGAUCCAUCUUUAGCUGGAAAUUAUGACUUUGAUGACAUGGCAAAGGUGGCCGCCAUUGCCUCCAUGUGUGUCCACCCCGAGGUCACUCAGAGACCUUUUAUGGGUGAAGUUGUGCAAGCUCUGAAAUUGAUAUACAAUGACACAGACGAGACUUGUGGGGAUUGCUGUAGUCAGAAGGAAUCUUCUGCUCAGGAGUCUGACAUUAGAGCUGAUCUUGCUCCUUCAGAUAGCAGUUGGUGGAAUGCCGGAGGGAUGACCCCAAGGCUUACUUAUGGUCAAGCAUCGUCUUUCAUCACAAUGGAAUACAGUUCUGGUCCACUUGAAGAAAUGGAAAAUAGACCGUUUUCAACUUCAAGCUUAUUGGGUGACGAGAUGUCUUCACCAAUUAGGCAUGGGAACAGAUCAGGGCCCUUAAGAUCAGUCCGAAGCAAGCUAUCUUUGUAUAGAUUUACCGGAAGUCGGAGUGAACAUGGGGGACUUCCUUCUCAGCGUGGUUUAAACGAUGGUUACUGGAUUUAAGAAUUCAGGUUUCUGGGCUGUCUCUCUCUAAAUGUACAGUUCUACAAGGAUAUGAACCAUCGAUUGAAUGACUGAUAUAGUUUAGGCGUCUCAUAUUCCUGCGUUUUUCGUGUUAACAUUGGGGAGAGACAAAUUAUUGACUUCUAAUUUUGAAAUAUUGAUUCAUUACUCAAUGAUGAAUUGAAAUGUAACUUAUGCGAUGUUAUGUAAAUGCCCUGAAUUAUAUUUGGUUGCA